CCCGGUCGUUUUCCAAUGCUGGUGAGCCGGGAAGCAGGAACCGCGGGCGGCGGGGAGGCGGCUGCCGGGCCGCCGGGUCCGCCGAGCCAGGCGCCCCGCGAGGAGGAGACGCCUCCGGGCCGCGCAGGGUGUCGCCUCGCCGGCCUGGUCAGCUGGAGGCAGAAGCCGUGCAGGACUUCAGCCCUGUUUGCUGCAGCCAACACGGUCUUCUGGUUUGUGGCUUUCAGCUCUUUCCGAGCCUACAGCCUCCUGGCCGUCCUGUUGGCGGUGCUGGUCGCCAUGGUGACCGUCAGGGACUUUGCUCGGUCCAGAUACACAGGAGCUCACAUAUGGCUCAGCAUAACUGCAAGCUGGGAGAUCAUUGAUUCGGGUCAGGAUAGCCGCUCUGGGACUGGAGCUCAGCUCAGCGACUCCCUCAGACUUUUCCUCCAGGAGACGUCAGCUUUCAAACAGCAAAACCCAGGCAAGUUUUGCCUGCUGGUUUGCAGUUUGUGCACCUUCUUUGCUGUCUUAGGACGCUACAUUCCAGGGAUCAUUAUCUCAUAUAUUCUAGUGCUGGGCGUCUUCCUGUGGCCUCUGAUUUCCUUUCACGAGGUUGGUUUGUGGCUGGAGCCAGUUCUGCAGAAGCUGGACUUUGGCAUUGGGGUGUUCAUUCAGAAGAUCAAAGAGAAUCAUGAGAAGAGGAUCAUGCGGGCUCAGACUGAGAAGGAGGGCAUCGAGUCGGACCUCUCCUCCAUGUUUCCCAAGCUCGACUCCACGGUGUGCAAGGAAAUGUCGGUAUCAGACACAGAGGUGUCUGAUGUGACGUGGACGGACAACGGUACUUUCAACCUGUCAGAAGGACACACACCACAGACGGAGAACUCAGAGGACCUCGACAGAGAAGAAGUGUUCACCGGUGGCCUUCCAGAAUUCCCUUCACUUGACAACGGCCUGACGACCAACGGCGACGACGACGAUGACCUCAUGCUGGGCCUUCCCUUGCCUCCGCCUCAGCCGCAGGAACCAAUCAAAUCCACGCAUACACCUGCUCCUCAAAACGCCCUGGAAUUGGUCAACCAGAUGGCGGGAGACUUCAUCGCUGCCGCGGUCACAACUGCCAUCCAGGAGAGAAUAGAAGCAGCGGUCGGCUUCGAUGCGCCGAGCAACAACCCGGAGCGGUCAAGACGCCCAGAAUCCACCAGGCUGCUGGAGCUGGCCGAGGAGUCGGACAGUGAGGUGGAGGACUUUGAGCUGCUGGACCAGUCGGAGCUGGAGCAACUGGAGGGGGAGCUGGGGCUGGGAGAGGAGAAGGCCCAGGCCAAAGAGGAGGCGCAGGUGGAGAGCGACAAUUCGGCCUCAACUGGAUUCUUCACCAAACUCCUCAGACGCCAAUGAUGGAUGAAAAGCACGGUCGGCAGGGGAGAAGAAGGGGUUCAUGAGGACACCUGGAGAGGGUUGUGAGAACACAACAUUUCCAUUUAUCUUUUUCCUGUAGCGCUAACAUCAACGUUUCAAAACUGAUCAGUCUGUGAAAUGUGGAGGUGGAAGUGAUGUCGCUCUGAUCAGAAUCAUCCUAGCCUAAUGCCGAGAUCAGACUACACAACGUCAGCCUGCGAAUGGCCUGACCCGACAGACGCGGUAACCAAAAUGAGCGCUGGGCGCCACAGUUGCUCCUGCGUUCCAUCCUGCGUAGCGUCAGGAGCUCCUCCCUACGUCCUGACAAAAAGAGCACAUCAAUUAAGAGUUAAAAUCCAGGUAAAGCGUUUAUAGAAAAAACAAAUGGGGGUGUCUACACUGUGCCAGCUGUGCGUGAACUCACGCAGGGUUGAGCUGGUGUGAGAGCGAGGAAACGCAAGUGAAAAGGAUUCACUGGAAAUGUUGGGGGUUGCAGCAUGUCUCGCUGCAUAUUUAUUUAGUUAUUUAUUUAUUUAUUUUUAACAUUUAUUUUGUUCCCUGUUGUGCGCUCCAACAGUUUUUGUCCGUUUUGCCCAGGAGCAGGCUCAGACCAUAUUUAAUUAGCCUGGUGGUCAGGUGGAGAGUCUUAUAUUAACGUGUUGGGUCGGGUCAGGUCCGGAAUCGAUUUAGGGAUAAUUGCAGGUGACAGGGUCAGUUCCGGUGCUGGGCUUUGCAGAUUUGCAAGGCAGGUUUGCAAAACUCGAACCGUGCAAGACGCUGGACAGAAAGUAGAAUGUCCUUCUACUCUACAAAUUUGUUAAAUAGUUUUUCAUUUUUAUUUCUCUUUUUUUUGGGGGGGGUUGCAGAAAGGCAUAACGGAUGAAAAAUUGUGUGUUAGUUGUGUGUUAGUGUCUACUUCGUGUGCAUCACGGACGCUGGGAAAAACGACGAGCUAUGGCCUGUAGCUGUUUGGGUCAUGUCUCUCAGUGAAGUCGUGACAAGAAUUUAUGAUACUGUGAUCAUCUAGACUGAUGCAGUGACCUUUAAAAAACAAAAAACAAAUUGUGUAGUCUGAUCCUGGCUAAAGGUUGGUUGAGGACUAAGAUCCUGCUCUUGGCUUUAAUCAAUUGCUGUGGUUCCUUUUGUCUUUUUAAAGCAACUUUUAUCAUAUUUGAUUGGUGAGGUCAACUUAGCAUUUAUAAGCAGCAUAUAGACACUUAAUCCAUGGUUUAUAACGCACUAUAACUUAGCUGUAAGCAAAUAAGGGCAUUUGUAAGUGUUUAUUAAUGUAUUUGUCAACAACUAUAACUACCCUGAAGCAUCUGUUGAAUGAACAGUAAAUGAGUGAUUAAUAACACAGCAUAUUUGUUAAUACGCUAAUACACUGUAUGUAAUUGAUAUAAUAUAUAUAAUUAGUACAUAUAAUAAAGAAAUAUUUUAUAAGAUUACACCUGUGUUACAUGAAUUUAUCAUCUGUUUUCUGUUAAUACACUUAAAAUGUCCUCAUAUCUACUUACAACUCAAUUAUACUUUGUUAUAAAACAUUUAAUGACCUUAUAUUGCUCAUAAAUGCAUAGCAGUGGGUUAAAAUCAUGUAAUGCCGAUAAAUUUGUUCUGAAACUCCCUCUGGACUGGAGGCAAAGUGCUCGAAACUGAAAUUGACAAGCUCUAAAUAAGACAAAAAACACACGCAUUUACCAAAACAUACAACUUUUGCCGUAAUUGCGAUCCAAGCGCGAAUGUAUCCCAGAACUGCACAGUAACGACCAGUAAAACUGCAGCAAGAUGUACAUUUUACCAGUGACCCGAGGUGAUAUAGGCCAGUGGAAAGACUUCCUGUUAUAUAUUAUAUUAUAAUUAUUAUCAUAUAUUACAAGUGACUGGUUUUAGUCCCAAAACACUGCAGCCGCUGCUGCUACACUGAAGACCGCUCACAACGCCCCUGACAUUCACUUUGAUGCAGAAUUGAUUCAUCCAACUACGUUACCCAGAAUUCCACAAACAUCCACCUGUAGGGCAAUCGCUAGGCAAUCAAAUCAUCUUUAAUGCCUAAAAUGUUAGUACUGGUUGGCCAGUUGAAAAUGAAGAUUAAAAUGUAGGACAUUUUUAUUUUUUAUCAAUUUUUUUUAUCAUUUUCUUUUUAAAUUGUAUACGUAAUUUUCUUUUUCCACGAAACGCUUAUGUAUUCGAGGGACUUUUACAUUAUUUCAACAUUCAGCAGGUCUCAAAAUACUAUGCAUGGAAAUCUCAUUUUGAGACAUAAAUAUAUUUAGACAUAAACAUUUUACUUCCAUUGCUUUCAGCCCAUGAAUUUCACAUUUCAGUGUAGAUUGAAAGGGCAUAGGUGAGUCAUCAGUGGGCACAGAAGAAAAUCAUUUUGCAUUCACAUCAUCACCUAUCUAGUCAAAACUGCAAACCAAAUUGUGAUUGUUGUCGUAAUCUGAAACAUUUACGAGUUUGCUGACUGGUUCGGCCUCCAGCCGAGAGGCACAAUCCGUUUUCAGCGGACCGUCUCCCAACAAAAAUUCACAGAUUUAAACACGAGAGCUGCAUUCCUGUAAAGCCACUGCACAGAUCUUACAGGGGAAAUAGAACUUGUUAAAGUUGUGACAAUUUUUUCUGGCUUCAACACUAAGACAAGCGAUACAUGGCCCAUUUAAAGCUGAAAUGAGCAACCACUGACCACUAGACUCCUAGAACUGCUACCGGUCAGUUUCCGAUGCUGAGCCCACAAUCAAUAUCACAAAGUGAAAAAUGUAAACACAGUUACUGUGGGGAAUAUAAUUAAAGGUAGCACUGGUAAACUGUUCUGCUGUCAGGUCUACUGGAUUCAGUUACCACUAACCCUUGUAGCUGUACCAGCUACUAACAGGCCAUAACAUACCUGAAUGACUUGAUUGCAAUCAACAAGAAAAAGGAAGCAAGCCUUGAAGCCAUGAAGUCAAAUUUCCUGGGGUUAAAACAGAACUAUGCUGAAUGUAAACAAGGGUCCAUGGUGCUGUGGUGGCCCAGUGGCUAAAGCACUGACCAUGAAUUGCAACAUCCCCAGUUAGCAUCUGGCUGAGGACCUUUGACGCAAAGACAAUCCAGAAACAGUCCAAAUUGCAAGUGGACCUGAGAACGCCAGACUCAGCCAAAUUAGGCCCCAUCCUAAAUGCAGUCAGCCUUAGCAGACCCAUACAGCGAGAGAACACAAGCUUUGCAAGCAGCAUCAUGCUCCAUCAGUUGACCAGCUGCAGCGGUCAAAAAGUGCACCAAUACAUCACACGUCAUUUUUCCUGCACUUUACAGUUCAUGCUUUCCCUCUGCCUUUAAAGACGUGUUUCCUCUCAUGAUGAUGAUGCACCAUGGGAUCAAGGCUGAUAGAUAUUCAGCCUAAAUUCACUUGGUUAUCAGACAAGACCUGCAGCAGUAGAACCGGAUUCUACCCGAUCCGAUUAGACUAGAGUGAUCUGGCCCGUCUCCGGUCCCCGUUAAGUCUCGGCUAAUAGCAACCAAGUGAACCCAUGAAGACCUCUGCUUCUCAUGUCGUAGGAUGAUCCAAAACUACACUCAAAAUAACGCAAAAUGUAUUUUUAGUGCAACGAAAGUAAAAUGUUGUGAGAUGGCGUAUUUCCAUUUGCACCUUAAUUCUUAUUAAACGAUGCACCUAGGUAGGGAAGUCUGCUGUGUCAAGCAUCACUUGUGGAUUCACUGAAUGCCGAAGAAUGACUGAACUGUUUCUUUAAAAUGUCUCGUACAUUAAGAGACAUUGUCUUUAUGAUAAAGACACGCAGCAAUGUUUAAUGUAUCCUCUUGAAUUAAUCAUGUAAUGUACUAGCAUAACUGUAAAGAUGAUAAUAGAAGUAUUUGUUUAUCAGUGUGUAAGAGGACUUUGUCGUGGCUGCCGUUCAUUUUUAGCUCACAUGUAAUAACUGUUUAAAACAAAGACUAUUUCUGAAUAACAGCUGAGACGGGUUCAGGUUUUACUAAAU